AUGUCGUUUGCAGCUGAAAUCAGAGAUCUCACCUACAAAUUCCCGCACAACGACGAGCCCGCCUUGAAGAACAUUGAACUUGAAUUGGAAUGGAAUACGCGGACUUUGAUUGUCGGUUCCAAUGGUGCCGGUAAAUCGACGCUUUUGAAGCUGCUGAGCGGUAAAAACCUGUGUUUGACCGGCCACAUUCGAGUCAACGGACUGGAUCCAUUCAGCCCGCAUUCCAUGCAACAAAACCAGGUCGACGAGUGCCAGAUCACAACGUACUUGGGCACCGAAUGGUGCCACAUGAACAUCAUCAACCGCGACAUAGGCGUGCAGGAGCUUCUCGACAGUAUAGGAUUCCAAAGCUUCCGCGCCCGUGGUGAGGCUCUGAUAGAUAUUUUGGACGUUGACGUCCGCUGGCGCAUGCACCGGCUCAGCGACGGCCAGAAACGUCGAGUCCAGCUCACAAUGGGCCUGCUCAGGCCCUGGCGCUUGCUUUUGCUCGACGAAGUCACCGUCGACCUCGACGUGCUGGCCCGCAGCCGUUUGCUUGCGUUUCUCCGCCACGAAACCACCGUUCGUCGUUGCAGCAUCGUGUACGCGACCCACAUCUUCGAUGGACUGGCAGACUGGCCCGAUAAGGUCGUACACAUCCGCCAAGGCCGCAUUGUACGCCAAUUGUCGUACGCUACCGAUGUGAAAUUCGAUCCUGCUGCCCCCGUGCAGAGUGUUACCACACCUACAUCUUCCACCAACACCGUGACUCUCGGCUACGCCAAAUCUUUACAUCCGCUCGCGGUGAACUGGCUCUCAAACGACGAAUCCCAGCAAUAG